AUGGUCUUUUACCCACCAUCAUGGGUACCAAAACUGCCGAUAGACCCUCCGGAUUCCAUCAGUGUUGCCGAGUUCAUGAGCUCGGAAGAGUAUGGCCAGUAUCCCAUUGCGAAAGCGCGACAUCCAUACACGUGUGGAUUGACUGGAAAGACGCGUACAGCUGAAGAGGUUAUCCGCAGAGAGGACCUCCUUGCGCGGGGCAUCGGCAAAGCCCUUCAACUUGACUCACAAUCCGGGUCGGAAUGGGAUCGUGUCUGCGUCAUAUUCUCUCUCAACACCAUUGACUAUAUCCCCCUCACGCAUUCCAUCCAUCGUCUAAAUGGCAUCGCCAGUCUGAGCAGCGCAGCCCUGUCGGCAUCUGAGUUGGAGCACCAGCUCCGCGCCUCACGCGCAAAAGCAAUUUUUACUUGUGCGCCCCUUCUGGAUACUGCGCUCAAAGCUACAGAGGUAGUGGGUAUAUCGCGACAAAAUGUGUUUCUGCUUCCAGUGCCCGGCGAUACGAGUAGGCACGGUUACAAGACAAUCGACGACCUCAUUCAAGACGGAGAGAAACUACCUGCGUUGCCGUCGCUGCGGUGGACGAAGGGACAAGGCGCUCGUCAAACAGCCUACCUCCUGUAUUCGAGCGGAACAUCCGGCUUGCCAAAACCCGUCAUGCUCUCGCACUACAACAUCAUAUCAGGCAUCAUUCAGACAUGCACAUUCGACUCGGUCUCCCGAAAAGCUGACGGCAUUGAUACACAAGUGAUGCUGGGAGUGUUGCCAUUCAGUCAUGUCUUUGGGCUGAUGCUCAUCACUCACUUGGGGACCUACCGCGGCGACGAGAUUAUUGUUCUGCCUCGCUUCGAAUUCGAGCCCUUUCUAGCUGCGGUCAGUCGCUUCAAGAUACAGCAACUCCCAAUUGUCCCCCCCAUUGUGAUUCAGAUGCUAGAUAGGAGGGAGCUAUGUAGCAAGUAUGAUUUGAGCAGUGUCAGGUUUGUGUAUACCGGUGCUGCACCGCUUGGAAAAGAAACUGUGGAUGAUCUGUUGAGUGUCUAUCCGAAGUGGCGUCUUGGACAAGGUUACGGUAUGACCGAGACUGCUACCGUCUUCAUACAAAGCAGCGAGCAUGAUACACAAGUCGGCACAACGGGAUCAUUGCUUCCUGCAGCCAAGGCCAGGAUCGUUGACCCCGAUGGACGAGAGAUCACUGAAUACGAAAAGCCAGGUGAACUGCUGAUCCAAAGCCCAACUGUUUCUCUUGGUUAUUUCAACAACCCAAAGGCUACUGCUGAGACAUUCUUCGAAGAUGGUAACGGCCGCUGGAUUCGAACGGGUGAUGAGGUGCUAGUUCGCAUGGCUGAGAGUGGGAACGAACAUUUUGUCGUUGUUGAUCGAGUCAAGGAGCUCAUCAAAGUCAAGGGCCAUCAAGUCGCGCCUGCAGAGCUCGAGUCACACCUUCUCACCCAUUCCGCCGUGAGUGACUGCGCAGUCAUUCAGAUUCCCGAUGCAAGAGCUGGAGAGGUUCCAAAAGCAUUCGUAGUCAAAGCAAACCAUGCAUAUCAGUCUGAUGAGGAGCUGGCGCGGGAUAUCCAGCGCUAUGUUGAGGAGCACAAAGCUAGGUAUAAGUGGCUGAAGGGCGGAGUCGAGUUCAUCGAUGCGAUACCGAAAAGUCCGACUGGGAAGAUCUUGAGACGCAAGCUGAGGGAUAGGGAGAGGGAGGCUAGAAAAUCGAGAGGAGCAAAGUUGUGA